UGGCAAACCCAAACCCAUUGGAUCCUGCCACUUUGCACGAAGAUCACGUUGCAUGAUGCAGAGUCAUGCAAUCUUCGGCAUCGAGACAGGCCUGCCGACCUCGACAUGCCACCUGGAGCCAAAGCCAGCCAAGUGUAUCAUUCUUUGAUUCAUCAGGAGACGGUCAAAGUUCGAGUUCAAGUUCGAAAGAAGAAACUUCGGAUGAUUCUGACGAUGGGCUGGCGGUGCAGAAGGCCAAAAGUUUGCCAAAUCUGAACCGACAGCGUCAGCGGGGUGAAAGUGAUGCUCACGAUGGAUAUCUUUCAGACAUCCAAAAAGUUCGGAGCCUAGAAGAAGAAGAGGCACGUGGCUACCAACGGCCUGUUGACCGACGACGGUCAAAAACUUUCAAAAGUAUCACUGUGCCAGACGAGGUUUUGCAGGAAGCAGGCGCUUUCCCCAUCGCAGAGGACGAGGAUGAAGAGGACGAAGAUGAUGAGGGUGAAUUCGAGAUUGACGAGUAUGGAGAUUCUGAGCGUCCCUCGUCGAGCCGGUCAAGGCGAAAAGCAGGACAGCUGUCCACACGUUUGACGGUGGACAUCCACACUGAUACUGCUGCUGCAAACAAGGAAGCUAAGGAGGAAACCAUGAGAUUCUUUGAGCCUGGUCAAGGGGCACCUGCUCCUAAGCAUCCAACAGAAUCAGGGGACAGGACUCCUGAGAUGGAACGGCAACGCGCCGCUGCAAUUGAGAAAGUCGCCAUUGCGGCCAAAAAAUUGAAGCAAAAAUUACAGAGGCAAGAGCAGGCCAUGCUGAGUCGUCGAAGAAAGCGACACCAGAGCGCACCAUCCCCUUCAAUGGGAGAAGAUGCACGGGAAGCCGUCAAAGAAGCGGAAGCUAAAGCAGAAGCAGAACAAGCAGAGCCAGUCCCGGCAGGUGGCGUUCCAGCCGUCAUCAUUUUUGACUGGGACGACACUCUUUUUCCAACCCGGCAUGUGACAGAAGUUGUCAAGGCACUUCAUCCCAAGGAUGGGCCAUUACCGAGUGAAUCUCCAUACCACCUGGACUUGAAAGCACAUGCUCAGAUUGUUCAGUCGGUCCUCUUGUCUGCACGAGAGGUGGUUGGCCGUGUCAGUAUUGUCACAUUGGCCCGUCGCCCAUGGGUUGAAAACUCAGCAGCAUGGUACCUUCCCGGCUUAGACUUUGAAAAACUUUUCCAGGAACUUGAGAUCGAGAUUUUCUAUGCUCGAGAGCACAUCACUCGACCUCACAUUUACAAUGCACAACUCGAAGAAGGUGUUGAUAUGUUUGUGAUUGCCAAACGAAACGCAAUGCUGAAGUGCCUGCGAAAAUUGUAUGGCCCAUCUACCAAGACAGCCUGUUGUACAAACACAGAUCCACAGAGAUGCCUUGGAUCACAAGCCACUGGUGAGGCACUGUGAAGGAUGUGUUAAGGGCUGCAAUCGCUAAACAUAUAUGAACAUAUGCUAUGGUUGCAGGACCAUGCACGUAAUCUCCGUUGGUGAUUCCACAGUGGAGCAUCUUGCAGCCAAAGAGGCCUCGCUUCUUGAGUUUUCAGGGUUUGCACAAUGCUUUGCUGCUCAGCGUACAGUAUGUUUGUAUCAGGUUGCACUGUGAUGAUGAUGAUGGCGAUGACGACGACGACGACGACGAUGAUGAUGAUGAUAUAUGAUGAUGUUAUUUUUACUUUAUGUUUGCUUGUGAUGAGUUGUUUUAUUUUGUUUUGACGUGUUCCUGCAUCAUUGCAUGGCAUUGCCUGGUAUCGCUGAUAUCGCCACGUUGAGGUGCUGUGGUGUUGCCCCCAGGACCCGCUCCUACUGGAUUGUUGACACACCAGUCAUAUUAUAUAAUUAUGAUUACAAGUCAUAAAGGUGUCAUGAUUUAUCAUGUAGAGCCUGUGGAGAGAGGGGGAGAGCGGCUUCUGAGUGGCUUCUGAGGUUUCAACCUUUGGCAGAUCAUGAGCAUGUGUUGUACUGCUGUGUUUCGGAAUCAUAUUGUUGUAUCUUGUUCAUUUUGUCGGGAAAAUAUUGCAUAUUGGCGGAUCUUUUUCAUUCCUGUUCUUAUUCACCUUUGAAGUGCAGUACUCAUUUCAACAGGCAAUAUUCCUCUCAAGAGCUGCAUAAAUCUAAACAGGAUCACAAUUUUCCUUUUCCAAGGAAAUAUCCAGACAAAGAAAGUGAAGUACUGUGAGCAAGUGCAGCAUUAAAAGUAAGGCAACGUUUCUUUGAAGUUGUAUUCCUUCCAAUAAUAAGAUCCAGAAAGUAUAGCUGCGUGAUAUGCAGUGUUCCUUCAAGGAAAGUGCAAUCCUCACACAAGAGAGUGCAUAAUUGUGAACAAGAGCAGCAGAGCAAGCAAAGGAUUCCUUCCAGAAGUAUAUGUAUUUGUUUUCAGCGAUGAGGGUGUCCUCAAUUCAAGACGGCCUGCAUUCCUUGUGAGCUGCAACAUGCCUAUGAAAGAGAACUGCCUUCCUGCCGAACGGCCGGAGAGCCAAUGCCAAAAGUUUAAAGCAUUUGCAGUAUCUAUACAAUCUAUACAUAUCUAUACAACACUAUGCACCACUAUGCAGUGUAGCUGACCUCGCUCUCACACUGUUUUGGGAAAGCUCCUGGCUUUAGCGCACUUCAAAGUUCCAGUAGAUUGAAGGUUGAAGAUCGCACAUUCUGUGUUUAUUGACAUUUUCAGUCCUAGACUGCGGUUUUCUGGGACAAAUCCUGGCUUUGAAGCAUGAAGCACUCUAAAGUUCGGGUGGAUCGAAGAUUGAAGAUUCGCAGCCAUCUUCGAUCCAGUGGGGUUUCAAGCAUGUUUGUUUCAAACUGAUGAUUGCUGGAUCUCGCUGCGACUGGUCAAGUCACCCUCAAAGACCCGCGAGGAAGGCGGCAGCUAUUGCAAAACAAUAAAGCUAAUGUGAUCCCCUCAGCAAGAAAUAGCGAAGCUGCAUUGAAGCACAACAGACCAAGAGUUAGACAAGGCAUGAGACAAUGCGCUAACUACUAAAGCAUGGUCCAAUGGUCAGGUCUGAUCCUUCAGUCCAGAACCUUACUGAAGAGUUACAAGUGAAGCACUUACAGCUUGCUGGUCCUGAAGAGACAGCUUGCAGCAUAGUAUAGAAUAGUAGCUACGUGUAGUUACCGUCUGUUGCCGUUGCUUUUUCUUUGGGCUACUGAGCAGCUGUUUCUUCCCGAUUUGAUGGAGAUCGUACUGUCCAGGUUCUCACAUCCUGGUUGCAGCAGAUUGUUGCCUGUGAGAAAGACUUUGACAUCAGCUUUGAGUCUGAGGACUUCAAUGACAACAUCAUGGUCACCCUAGACAGUGCAGGCCCGACAGGUCGAUGCCUCAGAGUUUGAACUUGUGAACAUUCAAUCAUUUUGAUUCAUUUUGUGCGUUUGGUUAGACAUUUGAGCGACGGCUUUUAUUUGGUUUAGUAUUGUGGCGUACCCUGGUUUGUCAAAAACAUCAUAAUUACUGUAGGUUUUUAAAACGAGGUAGGAACACCCCUGAGAACGAGGUAAGCAUCGCACAUAUUUAGCUAUUAAAAACAAGUGCGGCAUUGGAGAACGAGGUCAGACCCCAAAAAACGUAACAGGGCUGGAGAACGAGGUAGGAACACCGUUUUGUACAAAAUAAUUUCUGCGGCUCAUAUACACUUGUAUGCGUACAAUAUGUAAAUGUAUGUAAUAAUAUGUAUGUACACAAUCUGUAUAUAUGAUUAUAUAUGUAAGCUGUAUGCAUGUGACAUGCACAUGUAUGUAUACAAUCUGUUUUUAUAUCAUCUACAUGAUCUGUCCAAUGUGUGCGUGUAUAUAUCUAGAACAUGACGGCCAGUAAAAGCAGAAACUCAUUUGGGGGUUCACAGAAACUGAAAUGUAUUUCUGCUUACUGCCCCGUGUAACACACUGAAAGGAAAGCAGCUUCCUAGGGUUCCCUAGUCAAACCCUCACUGCUCCACGAAAUACUAGGAUGAUUGUGCAAGAAUUGAACAAAUCCAAAGAUAUGUUUACCUCAGUUCCUGUUUCGCCACGGUUUACUGGAUCUAUACCUUUGUACAUAGAGCAUAUCCAUGCGGCGUAUUGAUUACAUGACAGUAGUAGGUAAAGGAGACAGAAAUGACACGCAAAGUUCAUGAAAAUUCGAGGAAUGUAGGUGCAAAGCGCCAAGGGUAUUCAUUUGGGGUACAUUUUGAACAAGAUAGGUGUACACCAUG